AGGUAUCAAAUUUUCCCCAUGCUUAGCUGAUAUCAUCAAAAACUGACUCUUUAAAGCAGAUUCAACCGGGAUAUACAAAACCAUUUUUGAAGGAAUUAAGCUGCCAAUACAGAAGGAGACUCAAAGGUUUAUUAUUCUUUUGAGAAUGCGAUAGUCAUGGAUGUGAGCUUCUGAACAAUUCUAAACCCUUUAAUAGUGCUAGGUGGUCCUUGCAGAUGCUAGUUAUGCAGGCCCCAUUCCCUAUCCAGUUAGACCAUAGGUGAGCUCCCAACUGAAUUUUCCUGAUCAAAAGGGCUCAGCCUAGGUAGACCAUAGGUGAUGGAUAAGGAGCAUCGAUCAACCCUAAUGCAAGCUAGCUCAUAGUAGAAAAGUAUGUAGUGGAGACAUUAGAGGUCGCUUAUUUGGAUACCAUUCGGACAAGUUGAAAGACUUUUAUGGUGAAGAAUAACCUCAAGUUCCCACGCCUUUCAAUUCCUUAUAUAAGCUUACCAAAAUCAGGAUAUUCCUCAAAUAAAAUAUCGCUUGCCAAAUUCCAAUCCUCUACCAUGGCAGCUGAUCAAACCAAACUCCUGUAUGUUUGGCUCUCUUUUAGUAUCUCAUUUAUCUUUACCAAGCUAGUACAAGGUGACAACUAUAUUGUCCACAUGGACCUAUCAGCCAUGCCCAAAGCCUUCUCCGGCCAGCAAAGCUGGUACUUGGCCACCCUUGCAUCUUUAUCAUCUAACUUGAGAGUUAAAGCCCCCUCUUCUAAACUUAUCUAUAGUUAUAGCCAUGUUAUUCAAGGUUUUAGUGCAAGUCUCAAACCGGCAGAGCUCGAGGCCUUGAAAAACACUCCAGGCUAUGUUUCUUCCAUUAGAGACAGAACUGCCAAGGUUGAUACCACUCAUUCUUUCAAAUUUCUUGGCCUGAAUUCUGGCACAGGUGCCUGGCCGGUGUCAAAUUUUGGCAAAGACGUUAUUAUUGGGGUGAUUGAUACAGGGGUUUGGCCAGAAAGCGAAAGCUUUAAUGAUAAGGGGAUGACGGAUGUUCCAUCAAAAUGGAAAGGGGAAUGUGAAAGUGGCACCCAAUUCAACUCCUCAAUGUGCAACAAAAAGCUCAUUGGUGCGCGGUCUUUCAAUAAAGGUUUGAUUGCCCACGAUCCCAAUAUCACCAUAUCAAUGAAUUCUCCACGCGACACAGAAGGACACGGGACCCACACUUCAACAACUGCUGCUGGAAAUUAUGUGCCAGAUGCAUCAUUCUUUGGUUAUGCCAUGGGAACUGCCAGAGGAAUGGCCCCAGGGGCUCGGGUGGCCAUGUACAAAGCCCUCUGGGAUGAGGGAGCUUACACGACAGAUAUAAUUGCUGCAAUUGAUCAAGCAAUUGCUGACGGUGUUGAUGUUCUUUCCAUGUCAUUGGGCUUGGAUGGGCUUGAAUUGUAUCAAGACCCUAUUGCAGUAGCCACGUUUGCCGCCAUAGAGCAGAAUAUUUUCGUUUCUACAUCUGCAGGAAACGAAGGGCCAGAUGUAGAGACUCUACACAACGGAACGCCUUGGGUUAUAACUGUCGCUGCUGGUACAAUGGAUCGAGACUUUGGCGCAACUUUAAGUCUUGGAAGCAAAGAUUCCGUCAAUGGUGUGGCUCUCUAUCCAGGAAAUUUCUCGUCAAACGAAUUUCCAAUUGUUUUCAUGGACGCAUGUGACAAUACGAGUGAAUUGAGGAAAAUUGUGCAAAAGAUUGUUGUGUGCCAAGAUCCAGGCAAAGAAGAUUCCUUGAAUGACCAAUUUAACAACAUUCAAGUUGCAGGAAAUAUUGCUGGUGUCUUCAUAACAAAUAACAGUGAUGUAACUUCAUACGCCCAGGGCCCUUUUCCAGCCGUCUUCUUGGAACAAAACGAUGGUGAUACCGUGGUGGACUACAUUGAGAGCAACACUGACCCAAAAGCCAGCAUUGAAUUUAAAAAAACAUUCCUGGGUACUAAACCUUCACCAACUGUCACUAGCUAUACCUCUAGAGGGCCAUCCUAUAGCUGUCCAUCUGUUUUGAAGCCUGACGUUAUGGCCCCUGGUGACUUAGUCCUAGCUGCAUGGCCUCCAAAUAUCGGAGUUGCCCUUGUAAAAAAGGACCUUUUGUUUAGCAACUUCAAUUUACUUUCAGGUACAUCCAUGGCAUGCCCCCAUGUGACAGGAGUAGCAGCACUUUUGAAAGGAGCAUAUCCUGAUUGGAGCCCGGCAGCCAUCAGAUCAGCCUUGAUGACUACAGCUGAUACCAUUGAUAAUACGGGCAGUCCUAUCAAGGAUAUAGGUGAAAAUCUCCAACCUGCCAAUCCUCUAGCCAUGGGAGCCGGCCAAAUCAAUCCCAACAAAGCACUAGAUCCCGGACUCAUAUACGAUGCUACCGUCGAAGAUUACGUGAAUCUUCUUUGCGGGCUAAACUUCACAGAACAACAAAUUAAAAUCAUCACAAAAUCAUCUUCAAACAACUGUUCCAACCCGUCUCUAGAUCUUAAUUACCCUUCUUUUAUUGCGUAUUUCAAUGACAGGAAUGCAAAACCAAAUUCAAAAACUGUGAAGGAAUUUCAAAGAACAGUGACCAAUGUUGGAGAAGGAAGCUCCGGCUACAAAGCUACGGUAACACCCUUCAAGGGAGUUAAGGUAACUGUUGAACCAGACACGUUGGUUUUCAAUGCAAAAAACGAGAAGAAAAACUUCAAGCUGAGUAUAGAAGGUCCAAGACAGCUGGAUGAGGCAGUGAAAUUUGGUUAUCUCACUUGGGAAGAUAGCGGAAGAAAACACGUUGUUAGAAGUCCAAUAGUCGCCACAAGUUACAUCAUAGAAAAAUGACAAACUCGUUUCCUAAAAUGUGAUCUUCAAGUUUCUAUGUUGAAUAAAGAAUUUACAGUAUUAAGCAAAGCAAAUGGUGUCCUGGGAAUUGAGAUUAAACUUGCUAGUUGCAGGCUGAUCCAAUUCAGUAACUUUCGCUGUCACAAACUUAUUUAAUGAAAGAAAUUGAAACAAUUUUAGACUCUUAAAACUUUAAUUAUGGGUAUGUUUUUAGUAAAUGAGGAAAAAGCCCCUACAGUACUUGAAAAUUGAAACUUUUG